AUGGCUGUCUGUGGUGUGGCCUGCACGAACCCAGGGGCUGGGACAGCAGGCGCAGGUUCUGGGGCACAGGAUACGUCGCCAAAGAGACUGCCGCUAUUGGGCGUCAGAGACUGCUGCACCUCUGGACUCGACUGUGGUGGUGUCACAAGGGUCGCAGCUGGAGCUAUCACCUCCGCUUUCGUGGAGCCAGUGCUUUGCGCACCAAAUAACGGCUGGCCACCAUUGUCAUCAUCGCUCCAGUCACUCUCACUCGAGUUAUCAUCGUCCGAGGCUGCCGACGUAGCAGCUCCGAACAGAUAUGUACCCGACGCCGGUGCUGGAGAGGGCGUUGCUGCCGCUGUCACUCGCGUCGGUGUGGUCGGAGACACAAAUGCGGAUGGUGACGCUGGCGUUGGAGUCGAAAAGGUGGGGGCAGAUACAGCUACGGGUGCCGGUGUGGAGGUAGAAGCUUCUGCCAAUUGA